AAUCCUGUGAUAUCGUGUCUUAUUUUAAAAUGCGUACUGCAAUAAUUGGGUUACGAAAGCGCAUAAUUGGAGUAAUGCAACAGAAAAAAUAUUCCAAUAAAUCGACCUACUGUCCACCACACAUGAACGAGCUGCCUGUGCCGUGCGGGCCCUGGGACCCGUGGUAUAAAGCUAAGCAGAGUUUCUACACGAAGCAUCUUGUAGCUGGCAUUGUUUGGUGGUUGUUUUCCUUUGGCUUGGCUUUGUAUACAGAAAGCAUCUAUUUGAACUUCAGUCCGCCAGCGCAGCCUGGCCCGCCCAGUGACAUGGUGGAAGAAUGUGACGAUUCAGAUUCCUAACCCACUUACUUAUUGUUUAGAAAUUAAUUUAACUAAUAAAGUGUUUAAUUCUGAACA